AUGGAGACCAAGGAUGCCGCCGGGCUCCCGUCCCCGCCUUCCUCCGCUCCUCGUCCUCCUCCGGCUCGUCCCCCUCCUCCUCCUCCGGGGUCCGGGGGCGGGUCCGGGAAGCCCCCCGCUGCGGGGGGCGCGGGCCCCCGGAGGUACCCGCGGGGGCCCCGGAGGAGCCCCCUGGCCCGGCCCGUGCUGCGCUGGCUGCAGGGCCUCCAGCUCAGCUUCUGCCCGAGGCACGUGCACAGGGACUUUUCCAAUGGCUUUCUGAUCGCGGAAAUAUUAAAUUUCUAUUACCCGGAAGACCUCAGGAUGAGUGGCUUUGAAAACGGGACCUCUUUACAGAUCAAACUGUCCAACUGGGCCCAGCUGGAGAAGUUUUUGGCAAGAAAACGCCUGAAACUCUCCAAAGAGCUCAUCGACGGGACCCUCCACUGUAAACCGGGAGCGUCGGAAAUCCUGAUCCAGGACGUCUACACCCUGCUCACCAGCAAGAGAAUCAAAACUCUGCAGGAAGACGAAGCGGACUUCACGGACCGGGCUUACCAGAUGACGUUACCGCCAGUGGCCCAGGCUACAGCCUCAAAAGCCAUCAAGAACAACAUUAAAUGGACCGAACUGCUAACCAAUCCUAGCAUGAGUGUCAUCGCUCAGAAAACCAACGCCAUUCUUAGUAUGCACAUGCUCCACAGGCAAUUGGACAGAGAGCAGAAUCCAAAGCGAUACGACAUGAAGCCUACCUUGGGAGAACUGGCCGUCCGUCACGCCCCCGCGCAGUCCGAGACGUACAUCGACAAAGACGUCAACGUCCCCAGGAAAAAAUGUGCUCCGGCACCAAGCCUCCCGGGAGUCAAAGGCGAAGUGAAGUGCACAGAAAUUAAAGUGAAGCAAGCAAAGAGAUUUCCGAACCAACAGUUCCCCUGUUUUCCGACCGGAAGUCUGGAAAAGUGGCCCCCGCAGGGAAGCCGAGGAAAAACGUGGGGGGACUUCACGGAAGACGGAGAAAGUUUCUUUCCAUAAUUUGACCUUAUCGAAGAGAUGCCAAACAGCCUGGUUUGACUCUGUGGAAGCGUUGGUGGAAAAUAAAGCAUA